UUGGGUAAUGCUCAACCAGGGCGGAUUCGUGAAGCUGCAGAAUGAAUCAAUCCUGUACAAGCUCGAUUCGCGCAUAUCAUGCGAACUGUCUGUUCCCCCGGAGCUAAGAGCUCGCUGCGUCCCGUUCCAGCGCAAGAGUGACAAGGGGGCGCUUUUCCUAACCAGCAAGCGGAUCAUCUACCUCCCGGCAAAGCCAACCCAGGAGCCAAAGUUCGAAUCCUUCAGCGCUCCCAUCCUAAAGUUCCAAGACUCAACCACCUCCUCGUCCAUGUGGUGGGGAUGGGUUUGGAAAUCAGAUUGUAUUCCCGUGUCAGGCGGUGGAAUUCCGCCCGAGCUGCCUCGCGUUGAGGUCAAAUUCACCUUCUCGGAUGGCGGCAUGAUCGAGUUCAACGAGGCUUACAUUGGCCUGCGAGAGCGUCUCUUCCAAUGGCAGGAAAUGCGCAGGGAGCUGGACGGCAGCGUUCCAGACGAACCUCUGCCUGCCUACGAGGCCGAGGGUGGCCGCCAGGAGCCGACGUCGUCGGACCAGCUCGCCGUCCCACCACCGAACCGCUCAGACAGCUCCGCGAGCCGCCGUGCUCCCAACGAGCCGCCGCCAAACUACGACGAGGCGCAAGCUCAGCAACUCAGUAACCGACUAGAAGACCACAUUCGUGGCGAGGUGGACCGUGGUACCGAAGAAGAGUAGACGGAAUAAUUUGCGUGCUCCGUAGCGAAGCCAAGCCUGGGCGAAACGAUUAAUGAGACUACGAACAAUCUCUGUUGUGAUUUUGCGCUUGCUUCUCUGUGGAAUGGACCAACUUGAACAGCUCGGUUUAGUCGCCGUAAUAUGUUGCUUUUGGAUGGAUUUGGAUGGCGCCGGAAGUACAAGUACUAUUAUAUUCGAACCAUGGGUUUAUUAUUACAGAUGGACAAGGGGGGUUAUUAGAGCCCGCCAGGCCCUACAGUUGCAGGGUCUGGCUUGAUGAAAUGCCAGUUUUUGUUUUUGGGAUUCACUACUUGAAGCCGUUGCAUCUGUCCCACCCUUUGUGUGAUAUCGUCUCGUUGACGUUUCACUUUGCACACGGCGUCAGGUCCUCCGUUGUCCUGGCUGUGGAUGUAAGGGGGUGAUACAGCCCCCCAGCUGAUCGGAGAUCUUAAACCCCA